UCUCCCGGUCCAGGCUAAUCAUUGACAGGGCUUUACAAUCACAGGCUUUUACUGGCGCGCUGAUAAAGACAGUCCCGCGGUUAGUUAGUGGCAAAUGAAGGCAGGCUGUGCAGCGGGGUCCCCGGGGAAUGAAUGGAUUUUCUUCAGCUCUGAUGCAAGAAGCACACGCUCUAGGAAAACAAUGUCCAACCGGGCACUGCAAAGAUCCGUCCUGCUGUCAGCGUUUGUCUUACUGCGAGCUGUUACCGGAUUCUCCGGAGACCGGAGCGCGAUAUGGACUCAAAAACAGUACGUGAGUCCGGUGAAUGCAAGUCAGCUGUUUCUCUAUGACACUUUCCCUAAAAACUUUUUCUGGGGCGUUGGGACCGGAGCGUUUCAAGUGGAAGGGAGUUGGCAGACAGACGGAAGAGGACCCUCGGUCUGGGAUCAGUUCAUCUUCACCCACUUGAGAGAUGUCAACAUCACGGACAAGUCCGCCGACAGCUACCUUUUUCUGGAAAAGGACUUGUUGGCUCUGGAUUUUUUAGGAGUUUCUUUUUAUCAGUUCUCAAUCUCCUGGCCACGGUUGUUCCCCCACGGAACAGUAGCAGCCGUGAAUGCGAAAGGUCUCCAGUACUACAAUGCACUUCUGGACUCGCUGAUACUUAGGAAUAUUGAGCCCGUCGUUACCUUAUACCAUUGGGACUUGCCUUUGGCACUGCAGGAGGAAUACGGGGGCUGGAAAAAUGCGACUAUGAUAGAGCUCUUCAAUGACUAUGCCACAUACUGCUUCCAGACCUUUGGAGACCGAGUCAAAUAUUGGAUUACAAUUCACAAUCCUUACCUUGUUGCUUGGCAUGGGUUUGGCACGGGUGUGCAUGCGCCGGGAGAGAAGGGAAAUUUAACAGCUGUCUACACCGUGGGGCACAACCUGAUCAAGGCUCAUUCGAAAGUGUGGCACAACUACGACAAGAACUUCCGCCCCCAGCAGAAGGGCUGGCUGUCCAUUACCCUGGGGUCCCACUGGAUAGAACCAAACAGAACGGAAGACAUGGCGGAUGUGGUGAGCUGCCAGCACUCCAUGGCGUCCGUGCUUGGAUGGUUCGCCAACCCCAUCCACAGGGACGGCCAGUACCCGGAGUACCUGCAGACGAUGCCCGACAUAACCUUGUUCUCCGAGGCGGAGAGGGAGGAGGUGAGGGGCACGGCCGACUUCUUCGCCUUUUCCUUCGGGCCCAACAACUUCAGGCCUUGGAACACCGUGGUGAAAAUGGGACAAAAUGUAUCGCUCAACUUAAGACAGGUGCUGAACUGGAUUAAACUGGAAUAUGACAACCCCCGAAUCUUGAUUUCGGAGAAUGGCUGGUUCACAGACAGUUAUAUAAAGACAGAGGACACCACGGCCAUCUACAUGAUGAAGAACUUCCUCAACCAGGUUCUUCAAGCAAUCAAGUUUGAUGAAAUCCGAGUGUUUGGUUACACAGCCUGGUCACUCCUGGACGGCUUUGAAUGGCAGGAUGCCUACAGGACCCGCCGAGGACUGUUUUAUGUGGAUUUUAAUAGUGAGCAGAAGGAGAGGAAACCCAAGACCUCGGCACGUUACUACAAACAGAUCAUACAAGAAAACGGUUUCCCUUUGAGAGAGUCCAUGCCAGACGUGCAGGGCCAGUUUCCCUGUGACUUUUCCUGGGGGGUCACCGAGUCUGUUCUUAAGCCGGAGUUCAUGGUGUCCUCCCCACAGUUUAUCGACCCUCACCUGUAUGUGUGGAACGCCACGGGCGACAGAUUGCUGCAGCGAGUGGAAGGAGUAAUGCUAAAAACAAGGCCGUCCCACUGCACAGAUUACGUGAGCAUCAAAAAACGAGUUGAGAUGCUGGCCAAAAUGAAAGUCACCCACUACCAGUUUGCUCUGGACUGGACCUCUAUCCUUCCCACUGGCAAUCUGUCUCAAGUUAAUAGACAAGUGCUAAGGUACUACCGGUGUAUCCUGAGUGAAGGACUGAAGCUGGGCGUCUCCCCCAUGGUGACAUUGUACCACCCCACCCACUCCCACCUAGGCCUCCCUGAGCCGCUUCUGAGCAGCGGGGGAUGGCUGAACCCAUACACCGCCCAGGCCUUCCAGGACUACGCAGGGCUCUGCUUCCGGGAACUGGGGGACUUGGUGAAGCUCUGGAUCACCAUUAACGAGCCUAAUAGGCUGAGUGACAUGUACAACCGCACGAACAACGACACCUACCGUGCAGCCCAUAACCUGAUGAUCGCCCACGCCCAGGUCUGGCGCCUCUACGACAGGCUGUAUAGGCCGGUCCAGCGUGGGGCAGUGUCGCUCUCCCUACAUUCCGACUGGGCGGAACCUGCUAACCCCUAUGUGGACUCACACUGGAAGGCAGCCGAGCGCUUCCUGCAGUUUGAGAUCGCCUGGUUCGCGGAUCCGCUCUUCAAGACUGGGGACUACCCGUUGGCCAUGAAGGAGUAUAUUGCCUCUAAGAACCAGCGAGGGCUGUCCAGCUCCGGCCUGCCGCGCUUCACCCACAAGGAGAGCAGGCUGGUGAAGGGCACCAUCGACUUCUAUGCGCUGAACCACUUCACGACCAGGUUCGUGAUACACAAGCAGCUGAACAGCAGCCGCUCUGUGGCAGAUAGGGACGUCCAGUUCCUGCAGGACAUCACCCGCCUGAGCUCGCCCAGCCGCCUGGCUGUAACGCCCUGGGGAGUACGCAAGCUGCUUGCGUGGGUCCGGAGGAACUACGGGGACAUGGACAUCUACAUCACAGCCAACGGCAUCGAUGAUCUGGCUCUGGAGAACGAUCGGAUCCGCAAGUACUACUUGGAGAAGUACAUCCAGGAGGCUCUGAAAGCAUACCUCAUCGACAAGGUCAAAAUCAAAGGUUAUUAUGCAUUCAAACUGACUGAAGAGAAAUCAAAGCCUAGAUUUGGAUUUUUCACAUCUGAAUUCAAAGCUAAGUCCUCUGUUGAGUUUUACAGCAAGGUGAUCAGCAACAGUGGCUUCCCCUCUGAGCCCAGCAGCCCCGCAUGCGGCCGGCCUCCAGCGGGCACAGAGUGCACCCUCUGCUCGUACCUCACCCAGAAGAGAUCACUCAUCUUCUUCGGCUGUUGCUUCAUCUCCACGCUGGCUCUGCUGCUGUCAAUCACCAUUUUUCAUCAUCGAAAGAAAAGAAAAUUUCGGAAAGCAAAGAACUUACAAAAUAUACCAUUGAAGAAAGGCCAGAGCAGAGUUCUUUAGCUAAACUAUCAUUUCUGACAUAGUUUAAAGAUUCACUCCAGUUCCAUAUACUGGUAACUUACAAUGUGAGAGACAGCCGUAACCAAGGUGAUGACAAUCGAUGCCCUUCAGUGUGGUUCAAAUCAUUCCCUUAGGUAUUGACAAUCAGUGAAUUCAGUUCUUAGGGCUGAAGGCUUCAUCCUGACAGUAAUCCUGGGGAUGACCCCAAACAUGGCUUCAGGAAGUGUGAAGCGCUGUUUCCCAUCCUUUUUCUCUAGCUCUCUUCUGUAAAUAGCAAUCACUAUUCGUGGUAAAGGAAUUAAUUUUAAAAAGUGAAA